AUAAGCUGGUGGCACGGGGGCAGGCAGCUGCCCUCGUCCGGAGCCUGCCACCGUCCCCGCCACCGCAGCCAUGUCCACUCACCGCCUCGUGAUGGUCCGGCACGGCGAGAGCACCUGGAACCAGGAGAACCGCUUCUGCGGCUGGUUCGACGCGGAGCUGAGUGAGAAGGGGGCCCAGGAGGCCCGGAGGGGGGCCCAGGCCAUCAAGGAAGCCAAGAUGGAGUUCGACAUCUGCUACACGUCAGUGCUGAAGCGGGCCAUCCGCACCCUCUGGACGAUCCUGGACGGCACCGACCAGAUGUGGCUGCCCGUGGUGCGCACCUGGCGCCUCAACGAGCGGCACUACGGGGGCCUGACGGGCCUCAACAAGGCAGAGACGGCGGCCAAGCACGGGGAGGAGCAGGUGAAGAUCUGGCGGCGCUCUUUCGACAUCCCGCCCCCCCCCAUGGACGAGAAGCACCCCUACUACAACGCCAUCAGCAAGGAGCGGCGGUAUGCUGGCCUGAAGCCCGGGGAGCUGCCCACCUGCGAGAGCCUCAAGGACACCAUCGCCCGGGCCCUGCCCUUCUGGAACGAGGAGAUCACCCCCCAGAUCAAGGCCGGCAAGAGAGUGCUCAUCGCAGCCCACGGGAACAGCCUGCGGGGCAUCGUCAAGCACCUGGAAGGGAUGUCCGACCAGGCCAUCAUGGAGCUGAACCUGCCCACGGGGAUCCCCAUCGUCUACGAGCUGGACCAGGCCCUGAAGCCCACCAAGCCCAUGCGGUUCCUGGGUGAUGAGGAGACUGUCCGCCAGGCCAUGGCGGCCGUGGCCGCCCAGGGCAAGGCCAAGUGAUGAGUGGGCUACGGCAAUAAAGGCACCCCCCCCCA